AGGAUGGGACCCCGGGCUCACCCUCUCCUGGGUCAGCUCACAGCACAGUCAUGAUGUCCCCUAGGAGGUAGGUAGGAACACUAAGGGAUGGCAGCUCCAACACCCUUAGUAGUAGAGCCAGUGCCCAGAUCUCGCCACACCCUAACAGAGACCAGGACCAUGAAGACAGGUCGGGGAGAAAUUGCCGCUUUCAUCUGCAAUGGUGUUAUCCUGGUUAAACUUUGAAGAAAUAAUUGCUAAACCUUCUGCUAUUGAAUAGCUCCUAGUCACACUUUAAUUCUAGCCAGAGUGACUUCUCUCUCCACCCUCCUUGCUUCCCAAUUUUGUUUUUUCCUGAGAGCCAGAGUCUGCUGUGUCUCUGAGAGGUUCCCAUGGCCUCCAGAUUACUAGAGAGGGUUCCAGGUCUCAGGGUAACGGCCAGCAGGCAGAUACACAAGAGCCUUGGUUGGCUGUGACUCAGCGACUCGGCUGUGUGGCAUGCAUAUGAAGAGGCUGGUGUGGGCAGAGUCGUGGGAGAAGCAGGCGCAUCACACAGACCCUGUGGUCCUGGGCCAGCCUCUAUAAAGUGGAAGCUGCGUGCUGGUACCCAGGAAAAAAUCAAUGGCGUUUCCUGAACUCCUGGACCGAGUAGGGGGCCGGGGCAGGUUCCAGCUCCUCCAGGCAGUGGCUCUGGUGACCCCCAUUUUGUGGGUCACCACCCAGAACAUGCUGGAGAACUUCUCAGCCGCAGUUCCCCACCACCGCUGUUGGGUGCCUCUUCUGGACAACAGCACCUCCCAGGCGAGUAUCCCUGGGGACUUUGGACGAGACGUUCUUCUGGCCGUCUCCAUCCCACCUGGUCCGGAUCAGCGACCCCACCAGUGCCUCCGCUUCCGACAACCUCAGUGGCAGCUUAUAGAGUCCAACACCACGGCCACCAACUGGAGCGACGCUGACACCGAGCCAUGUGAGGAUGGCUGGGUUUACGACCACAGUACCUUCAGGUCCACAAUUGUGACCACGUGGGACCUGGUAUGUGAUUCCCAGGCUCUGAGACCCAUGGCCCAGUCCAUCUUCCUGGCUGGAAUCCUGGUAGGAGCCGCAGUGUGCGGCCAUGCCUCAGAUAGGUUUGGGCGCAGAAGGGUGCUGACCUGGAGCUAUCUUCUGGUGUCUGUGUCUGGCACAAUAGCUGCCCUCAUGCCCACCUUCCCCCUCUACUGCCUGUUCCGUUUCCUGGUGGCCUCUGCAGUGGCAGGUGUCAUGAUGAACACAGCCAGCCUCUGUAUGUUCCCUGUGGUGCUGGGUAGGGAAGGCUAUAUGCAGGACCCAGAACUGACCCCCUCCUUGCUCCUUGCAGUGAUGGAGUGGACAUCAGCCCAGGCUGGCCCCUUGAUGAUGACCUUGAACGCCUUGGGCUUCAGCUUUGGGCAGGUCCUGACAGGCUCUGUGGCCUACGGCGUGCGCAGCUGGAGGAUGCUGCAGUUGGCUGUCUCUGCCCCCUUCUUCCUCUUCUUUGUUUACUCAUGGUGGCUGCCAGAAUCAGCACGCUGGCUCAUCACAGUGGGCAGACUGGACCAGAGCCUGCGGGAACUACAGAGGGUGGCUGCUGUCAACAGGAGAAAGGCAGAGGCAGACACGUUGACUGUGGAGGUCCUGCGGUCAGCCAUGCAGGAGGAACCGAACGGGAACCAAGCUGGUGCCCGUUUGGGCACUCUACUCCACACACCUGGGCUGCGCCUCCGAACCUUCAUCUCCAUGCUGUGCUGGUUUGCCUUUGGCUUCACCUUCUAUGGCCUGGCCCUUGACCUGCAAGCCCUAGGAAGCAAUAUCUUCCUGCUCCAGGCACUCAUCGGGAUUGUGGACCUCCCGGUGAAGAUGGGCAGCCUGCUGCUGCUCAGCCGCUUGGGCCGGCGCCUCUGCCAGGCCAGCUCCCUGGUGCUGCCGGGACUCUGCAUCCUGGCCAACAUACUGGUGCCCCGUGAGAUGGGGAUCCUUCGCUCAUCCUUGGCUGUGCUGGGGCUGGGGUCCCUGGGGGCUGCCUUCACCUGUGUCACCAUAUUCAGCAGUGAACUCUUCCCCACUGUGAUCAGGAUGACUGCAGUGGGCCUGGGCCAGGUAGCAGCCCGAGGAGGAGCCAUGCUAGGGCCUUUGGUGCGGCUGCUGGGUGUCUAUGGCUCCUGGCUGCCUCUGCUGGUGUAUGGAGUGGUGCCAGUGUUAAGCGGCCUAGCUGCAUUGCUGCUGCCUGAGACCAAGAACUUGCCACUGCCUGACACCAUCCAAGACAUCCAGAAACAGUCAGUGAAGAAAGUGACACAUGACAUAGCAGGCGGCUCCGUCCUGAAGUCUGCCCGGUUGUAAGCUCCUGGAGAAGGAUCACAACCUCAAUGGAAGGAGGAGAAGGAGAGGGAGAGGGGAGGGAAAGGGUAGGGUUGGCGGUGGCAGGUAAAGGCUCCUGCCUCUGGGCCUAACGGUCUGGAACCCACAUGGUGGAGGGAAAGAAAUACUCCACAAAGUAGUCCUCUGACCUCUGCAUGGAACAUGCCCCUCCCCACCCCCACCUCUGAUAUACACACAAAUAAAUAAUUUAUAAAAGAA